UAAAAAGUUGAAAGAGCAUGCCAAUUCCCAAGAAAUACACAAGCCUCUAGCAUUCACCUUUUUAAACUUCAUUUUGCAAGUCCGCGAUGGGCGGAUAGAUAGGGUGGCGCUGGUGGCGUUCGACCCGAAAAAACGAAAAGCGUCCCACGCGCGCACACGAUCAGCGCUCUCUACCUCUGGCUCUAACCCCACGAGAUCGCACCCAAAAAUUAAUUAUCCUACGCGGCAGUCACAGCCACGGCCAACUUGUUCAUAAAAAAAUUGCCCAAAUCUCGAUGCCUUGCCUUUGGCUAUAAGCAAAGAGAGAGAGAGAGGUGUAGAGGAAGUGAGAGAGUGCCCAUUACUCAUUCUAAUCGGCACUCACACUCAAAAGAGAUAGUUUAUCGAUCAUUUAUGGCAUUGAAAAGAAAGGAAAAAAACUGAAAUGUGAUUUGAAGCAUUUCGAACCAAAACAGCCUUGCAAAUCGCCCGAAACCAUGCUCUCAUAAUGAUGAUUCGUCCAUUAAUGGUCACCUUUGCUACCUCGCCUUCAUAUUACGACCGUAAGAGGCUCCUCAUUAACAAGUCAAGCUUCGUUUCUCAACGGUGUGAGAAAUUAUCACAAGCUGAAGCUCUCUGAGACAGUGAUUCAAGCAUAUCUGAGACUUUAGCUCUGACCCAGAAAGCGAUCGUUCAAGUUGAACGAGGCCUUCUGAUCUGGAGCUUGGGUGCGAAUUCCGAGGAUGCUGACGUGUAUAGCGUGCUCGAAGCAGCUCAACAGCAAUGGAUCUCUGCACCAACAGGACGAGGACGACGCCGUUGGGACCCCGAGGACCAAGCAAGCAGUUAAAACGAUCACUGCACAGAUCAAGGACAUCGCACUGAGGGCUUCAGGUGCUUACAAGAAUUGCAAGCCGUGUGCGGGAUCACCGAAGGAUAGCGGGAACAGGAACUAUGCCGACUCUGAUGCAGGCUCAGUCUCGGCGAGGUUCCACUGUGUGUAUCGCAGAACGGGCAGCUCAAACUCCACGCCGAGGAUGUGGGGGAAAGAAAUGGAGGCAAGGUUAAAAGGGCUUUCAAGUGGAGAAGGGACACCUGCCUCGGUGAGUGGACGCACCGAGUCAAUUGUGUUCAUGGAGGAAGACGAGCCUAAGGAAUGGGUGGCUCAAGUGGAGCCUGGUGUGCUCAUUACUUUUGUUUCCCUGCCUCAGGGAGGGAAUGAUCUCAAGCGGAUUCGAUUCAGCCGUGAAAUGUUUAAUAAAUGGCAAGCUCAAAGAUGGUGGGCAGAGAACUAUGACAAGGUCAUGGAGUUAUACAAUGUACAGAAGUUCAAUCACCAGGCCGUCCCACUUCCAACCCCGCCUAGAUCUGAAGAUGAGAGCUCAAAGAUUGAAUCUUCCAGGGACAGCCCUGCGACCCCACCACUGAGCAAAGAACGCCUGCCCCGCCACUUCCAGCGUCCACUGGGAAUGGGCUAUUCUUCAUCGGAUUCACUUGACCACCACCCUAUGCAAUCCCGUCAUUUCUUUGAUGCAGCUGGUCUAGCAUCAACGCCUAAACUUUCCAGCAUCAGUGGAGCAAAGACUGAGACCUCGUCUGUAGAUGGAUCUGUCAGGACCAGUUCAUCAAGAGAGGCAGAACGCUCUGGAGAGCUUUCCGUGAGCAAUGCCAGUGAUUUGGAAUCUGAAUGGGUUGAACAGGAUGAGCCGGGAGUCUACAUCACAAUUAGAGCACUGCCAGAUGGCACCAGGGAGCUUCGACGCGUUCGAUUUAGCCGAGAAAGGUUUGGAGAAAUGCAUGCAAGAUUGUGGUGGGAAGGAAACCGGGGUCGGAUACAAGAACAGUACUUGUAACUCAGCGAAACUUUGAGGUGGUUGUCUUCCCCCUUGAGCAAAUCUGGUGACCUGCACAGCUUCAAUACCAAAUCUUUUAAAUGGCAACUAUGCCUUAGAUACCUCUUUUGUGUUUGUUAACCUUUAAUCUUUAUUAUUAUUAUGAGAUCUAGUUUCUCCUCU